AUGAAGUUCGUUUUCCACAGCUGGUGAUGGCGGAUGUUGUUGAAAAAGACACCAUGAAGAAUUACCACAUAGCUUCUGAGAAAAUUAACCCAGAGGCCAGUCGCUAUCCUUACUGUAUUGUGUGGACACCUAUCCCUGUGUUAUCAUGGCUGCUGCCCUUCAUUGGACACAUGGGAAUCUGUACUUCCACUGGUGUCAUUCGGGACUUUGCUGGGCCAUACUUUGUUUCAGAAGAUAACAUGGCUUUUGGAAGACCAACAAAGUACUGGAUGCUUGAUGUUAGCAAAGUCUAUGCAAGUGGCUCCAAUGCAUGGGACACUGCAGUGCAUGAUGCUUCAGAGGAGUAUAAGCACAGGAUGCACAACCUGUGUUGUGACAACUGUCACUCCCAUGUGGCCAUGGCUCUGAAUCUGAUGCGAUAUGAAAACAGCACCUCAUGGAACAUGGUCAACCUUUGCCUCCUAGCUCUUAUCCAUGGAAAACAUGUCAGCUGUGCAGGCUUUCUGAAGACCUGGCUGCCUUUCCUGAUGCUCAUGGGCAUCAUCCUCACCGUGGCCCUGGCCCUGAACCUCCGGUGACCUGCCAGACAGGUUAAGGACACGAGUGGAACCCCUGCAGGUCGGGAUGUGGGGUUGACCUUUUAAAACAACGUGAGACGGGGUCAUCACACAGCGUCCAGCGAAAGCAACAGCAACAGGAGAUAAACACUACUCCGCUCCCAGAGCAGAUGUCGAAGAAAACGUCCAACACACGCUCGGUUUGUGAGGAGCAGGCAAGCUGUUCCCAAAGCUGGAAUGCCCCAGUGACAACAGAAAUUCAUUUCUAUUCAGUCGUUUGUUUGGAGAGAAGUGAGUGAAACCCCCUCCCCCCUGCUGCUCCAACCACCAGGACCAUGCAAACACACUUAAUGGAUUGUGAUCGUUGAAAGCCUAAUACCAGGUUCAAAAACCUGCGAAUAGUAGAAGUUGCAUAGCUCGAUUAAUAUUUGAACAGGUACGCAUAUUGUUAAGUUCUGAGGGAAACACAUCCAUGCCUUGCUUUCUGAUUUUAAUGAUCUUACUCUGGAAUGAAUUGGGAGUGUAAUCCCUUGAUUCAGUGCUUCCUGAAUGGCGUUUUUCUACUGGGAAGCACAAACAUGUUAAAUCAAUUAGAUGCCUUUCUAGGGAUUUCUUGCAUUUCGUGCUUGAUUUAAUGUAGCUCCUCUACAGUACUGCAACUUAAAUAUACUCGACUUAGUUUGUAUUUUUGUGCAUUUUCUUACUGCAUCAAAUGGUAUUUAGUCUAACUCUGAACUCUGUAGGAUUAUCAGAAACUUUGCGUCUUUUAAAAAGAACUGUUUUCUCACAGAUGCAUUUGCAUCCGACAGAUCACCUCAUGGUACUUCAAUAGGUUUACGACUUUUCAUACCGUUUACUGCAGCUCAUCCAUGCAAUGAUUGUAGCAACCUCAGUGAAUGUGGGCUAGAGAAACCAACUGAAUAGUUUUAGUUUUCUAUAGCCGUGCCAAAUGUAGGAGAAUGCGAGACCAACGCAAACUGUGUUCUCACAUAUGUUGCUUAAUGGAACAGCUCAUUGAUUUCACGGAGUUAUUGAAUGAAGAGCGCAGAAGUGUCAUCUGCAGUAAUGAAUCCAGCUCUGGUCAUUCACGUCGGCCGUACACCAAAUGACUUUUCAUAUAGUUUUACUUCAGAGUUGGUGCACUCUCACUGUUCAUACAGACUGUUUGGUAUGAGGAGGUCAUCAAACUUAGUCUGAGCUUGUCUUGAGUCUGUUUUGUUUUCCUCUUGUUUUAACAGUUCAACAAAAUCAGACCUCCUUAAUAUUAGCAGAAGUUUGUUGCUUUGCUCAUAUAAAAAGUCAACUAGUAGAUGUUUGUUCUCAAGCAGCAAAUGCAUGGAAUUAAGGACAAACAGAACAGAAUCCAGUUAUCCAGACAGCUGCAUGUUCCUUUUCUACCACUCUACUAAGUGGGGUUUAGCGCCCCCUACAGACAGGACUUUUUGCCCACUUAAACACCUCCCUACAUCUCCAGAAUUUUCUUUUACUUUUCUUCUUUAGACCCAAGACCUCAAGUGAAUCUGCAACAAACUCUUAAUUAUAUUCACUUAAUCCUCCAAUCUGAUUAUCUGGCCUGAUCCUUACCAUCUUGUGGUGAUCGAGAUAAACCCAAGAACAAUAACUGAGAAAACAAAGCUCAAACAAAUGCGGUUUUAGUUUUGCAAAUAGUGACCCUGCGAGAUCUCCAGGAUAGACUGUAAACUGUGAAUUCUGACACGAGAGGAAGCUCACACUAGGGCUCUAACUGAGAUCUAAAGAAUUACAGCAUGCCAUUUUCAUGUUGUAGUACAAACUAAUUAUAAACAUGUUUUUUGUCUGCAUCACCUAAAGAUAAAACACAAUUAGAAGUUGUUUGUCAUAUGUGCAAUAUUUGGUCAACAAACAACAUCUAAAAGCAUUAUUUUCGAAAGUACGUUGACUGUUAAAAAUAAGUUUAAAUGAAAUAAAGCCCCACUGGAAAGGUUGAAGAUAUAUUCACAAUACAGUUUGAGUAAAAAAGGAAACACUAAUCUCAAUACAUGAUUUAGACAGUGAUUAAAAAACUUGAUUAAUUGUAUUAUUUGAUAUAUUUCUCAGUGCUUCAUCACAUUUCAGUUUUUUUUAGUCCUUUAGUUUACCUCAGGCAUCAGUCAAACCUGAGUUUUGGUUUUCAUUACUGCUUUUGACUUCUGGGUAAAAAAAAGCAAAGAGUCAGUGCCUAAAACGACCUCUGACCAAUUUUCAGUUUGGUGGGUUAUUUCUGUCCCCCUUUCAGAAACGUUAAUUCCUCAUAAUGGUUGGUUGGAAAAUCCGUUGCCAUGGCUGUCAUGGCUAAAUUCAAAUCCCCUCAUUGUUUGCAAUCAAACAGAAAAAAGAAAAGUGUGAAGCCCUCCCUUUUGUCCGCCGUACUGCCAGAAGCAGCAGGUAGCCAGGAUCCUCAGGUUUUUCACGCUCACCAAGCCCUGGCUGAAUCUCCCAGGUUUCCCUCCAGCGCCCGAGCAGCGUCGCUCCUGCUGUUUUCCACCUCUGCACAUCAGAUUUGAAGGUCAUUGUGAAAUGCCAACGCCGUUUCACAAAGCUUUGAUUUACAGCCAACAUCCUGCAAUAAGUAGAUGUCAUUGAAGUGUAGGCGUAUAAAUUAAAAAGUGUUGUUUUGUUUUUUUUCUUUUUGCAGCAUUAGGGCAAACACUGUGCCGGGCGUCCAGGCUUUGCUCCCCUCAUUGGGCUGAAUAUUCUGUGGCCUCUUGUGUAGAUAUCACCCAUGUUGCCUGUAAAUAUUUGAACACACACAUUACACUGUUCACCAGGUGCUCUUUAUAUACUUUGCGAACUUGAUCACUCACUCUACACUUUCAGCCUUUGAAUAAUUUACAUUGUAUUGUAAUUUUUGCCUCUUUACUCCACUUGCGCAUAUCUCAUCUCUGCUCUGCAGCGAAGCGCAUUCGUGCCUGAAAGAGCGCGUGAUUAAUUGCGUGUGUCAUGCAUAUGGCGACCGGAGAGAGCAUGUGGUUGCAUGCCAACGUGUGUGUAUUGCAUGCAUGUAAGAAUAUGAGCGGUGCUGGUGAAGUUCAGGUUUGACUCAAACUGUGGCUCUUGAUUAAUCUGCUGCAUUUCACUGCAGCUAACUGCCCUGUGAUCCAUUUAUUUGUAUGUAUUUACAUAUCUUUGUUUUAAUCUGUUUUGAUUUCAAUUUCAUCUGAUUGUUGGUACAUUUAAAAGCUUAAAUAAUUAAUUUAAAUAGAAGUUAAUGUUGAUUUGAUGCUGUGUAGCUAGAGCUACACAGUAAUAUGCUCAAAGAGUUGUAACGAGAAAGAAAAGGAGAAUCUGGCCUUAAGCAGUAAACAGGAAACUGAACAGAGAUAAUUUUCUGCCAAAAAUUUUCUUUUUUUCUUUUUUUUAAAUGUGAAGCGAUUCACUAAUAGGCUGUAGUUUACAAAUCCAAAACGUACCUAAUAAUCACUUCACGACUUGUUUCUAAUAAUACUUCAGAGACCGCUAAAGCAUGUGUUAGUCACAAACAAGUACAAAAAUAUCACAAUUUUUGGUACAAUAUUUCCAAUGUGCUGCUUUGAUGUGGACAGUGUUUUUAGUCACAGCCUUCUGAAUGCAAGUAAUCAGUCACUUAGUCUAAACAGUGCACAAUAUUGGCAUGUUUUUUAAGAGCUGACUCAUUUUUAUUUGGGGUGGGAGGAGAUUUACCUCACAGAAGCAGAAGUAAUACUAUAACACCAUUCAUGCACAAAUGCUGCAUAUAAUGAAAGUUUGAAAAAUGCAUUAAAUAAUGUACUUGUACUUUUUUAAAGUAAUAUUUUGGUGUGAUGUCAGGACUAAAUUGCCUUAAAUUGACUUGAUUAUUCGACUUCAAAAAUGAAUUAAAAUGGCCAUCCCUAAUUUUUUAUAAUGAUCAAAUGAAGUUUACCACAUUAUAUUGUAGGUGCUGUAGCUCAUCAUUGCUGAUUUUCUGCAUUUGAUUCCCACGAGGAUGCAUUAUUCAACAGAAUUGAUUCUGUAGCUGCCAAGAUUAGCAUUCUGUGCUUUUAAGAGAUUAAUGUUUCAUAUGAAACCCAUAUAUUACACCGAGGACUGUUUUAAGCUGAACGUUCUGAGCAUCAUACAUGUAACACUCGGCUAAAACAACCACACAUAUCGUAAAUGUCAGUUCUGCUGAAUAAUGCAUCUCAGCAGGAAUCAAACGUGAUGAAUGUUAAUAAACUCAAACAGCCCAAAAUGUUUGUAGCACCAUUCCAUCCUAGUUUACAUUAUUAUUGUAUUUUUUUACAGAGAUGCUUGAAGCAGAAUUCAACAUAUCCACCAAAUACACCAAAUUCAGCACAAAUACGGUGCAAAGAUUGUGCCAAAAGUUGUGACUAUAGUAUUUCUCCUUUCUAUAGUUCUAUUCAAAACAUGAUGAAUGUUACAUAUUCAUUUGAUACAUACUGAAAAUUCUGUAUUUGCAAACCCAAAUGCAUUAAUUUAUUAAUCAUGGUUUGUUUGGGCAGGAAAUUAUCUCUGUUAUCUGGAGGACAUUUUCAGUCUGUCUCCUGUGUUUCUUGUUAUAUAGUCAUGUCACCACUGUUAAUAUACAUACACAUGCCAAAUCUGAAGGACAUACGCAUUAAAUCAUUGAAAAGUUCGGAUUUAUUGUAGCCCUUUAACUUCUGGGUUAUAAAUGUGGACAUACAGUAGCUCAUUCUACCUGAGGACGCGGUACAUCUCUGUCCAAACCUGUAGCGACUAUAUGUGGCUGUGGGAGAAAAAAAAAACCCCUGAAGAAACAAACACCAGUCCAUUUGGUUCUCGGUAAUUACACUAAAUGUUGGAAAAUGGCAGAACAGCUCUGUGUUCUUGAAUAUGUAAGUUGUUCUUUUAGUCAAACAGCUCAUUCAUUAUAUUAUGAGCCAUGAAAGGGCCUUUUGAGGACAUUUGGGCUCAACUUACUGCUUUUAACCUAUAUGAGAAAUAUAUAUGUAUAUUUUAGAAAGUGAGUUAGAAAAGUUAUUAUUUAUCGGAGUGCAUGUGCAAGAAUACAAUAUUCAAUGGAGAUCAUUGAAAUGGUUUUAGAUGUUGCCUGCUGCGGUGCCUUGUUGUAUCCAAGAGCCAGGUCCAGGAAUGUGGAGACCUGUGGUCCCAGCCAUUCAGCGUGUUGACAAAAGACAGUUGGGAUGCUAUUAUUAGUGCCACUAUCCAUAUAUACUUAUACCAGUCUGCAGUUCCAAAACUCUUUUGUUCUUUUAAUCCUCAAAAAUAUCUUUUAUGCUGCGGAUCGUAUAGCCCACGGGGAAUUUUAGAACUCUUGCAAGUGACUGUGUGAACUCUGAAUGUGUUUAUGACUUACAGCUAUAAUACCAAUAAAGAUGUCUAUUAUUGUAGA